CAGUCAGUACCUAGCGGAGCCGCUGGUGCCUCCACAGAACACCUCGCGCGCUGCCCGAGGCUGAACGAGGCCAGACACCAAGGGACUCCCACUUGGGCACGAGGUUGAGUCUUGCCUCCUGAUCUGAACCUCCUGGAGAAGUGACCCCCGAGACCCUGGGCACCGCGCAGUCUCUUUCUAUGACUCCGUCUGGAUUCGGCUGGCAGUGGGGACGAGCUCUGAGGGGCUGCCUGGGUCUCGGGGUGGGGGCAGUGGCCAGCUCUCCAGCCAGCAUGGCAAAUGCCAGGAACUGAGGGGACAGGUUCUGCAGCUUCACUGGGGGCACUCAGGACAUGAUGGAGAACAAAGCCAUGUACCUGCACGCCACCGUGAGCGACCGCGACUCCAGCUCCAUCUUUGAGGAGCCCUUUGAUGGCAGGAGCCUGUCCAAGCUGAACCUGUGUGAGGAUGGUCCAUGCCACAAAGGGCGAGCAGGUGGCUGCUGUACCCAGCUGGGCUCCCUGUCAGCCCUGAAGCAUGCAGUCCUUGGGCUCUACCUGCUGGUCUUCCUGGUUCUCGUGGGCAUCUUCAUCUUAGCAGUGUCCAGGCCCCGGAGCUCCCCGGACGACCUGAAGGCGCUGACUCGGAACGUGAACCGGCUGAACGAGAGCUUCCGGGACUUGCAGCUGCGGCUGCUGCAGGCCCCGCUGCAGGGAGAGCUGAGCGAGCAGGUGUGGAAGGCGCACGACGCGCUGCAGAACCAGUCGGACUCGCUGCUGGCGCUGGCGGGCGCGGUGCAGCGCCUGGAGGGGGCGCUGUGGGGGCUGCAGGCCCAGGCGGCGCAGAGCGAGCAGGCGGUGGUCCUGCUGCGGGAGCGCUCGGCCCAGCAGAGCGACGCGGCGCAGCUGGAGCUCUACCAGCUGCAGGUGGACGGCAACCGCAGCCAGCUGCUGCUGCGGCGCCACGCCGGCCUGCUGGACGGGCUGGCGCGCCGGGUGGGCGCCCUGAGCGACGAGCUGGCGGACGUGGGCGGCGCGCUGCGCGGCCUCAACCUCAGCCUGUCCUACGACGUGGCCCUGCAGGGCACGCGGCUGCGGGACCUGCGCGUGCUGGUGAGCAAUGCCAGCGAGGACGCGCGCCGCCUGCGCCUGGCGCACCGGGGCUUGGAGCUGCAGCUCAAGCAGGAGCUGGCCGUGCUCAACGGUAUCACCGAGGACCUACGCCUCAAGGACUGGGAGCACUCCAUCGCGCUGCGCAACAUCUCCCUGGCCAAAGGACCACCAGGCCCCAAAGGUGAUCCAGGGGAUGCAGGGAAAGAAGGCGAGCCUGGAAUCCCUGGCCUACCUGGACUUCGAGGUCUACCAGGGGAGAGAGGGACCCCAGGACUGCCUGGCCCCAAGGGCGACGAAGGGAAGCUGGGAGCCAGUGGACCAAUGGGCAUGCGUGGCUUCAAAGGUGAUCGAGGCCCAAAAGGGGAAAAAGGAGAGAAAGGAGACAGAUCAGUGGAUGCCAGUGGCGUGGAGGCAGUGAUGGUGCGGCUGGUGAACGGCUCGGGCCCGCACCAGGGCCGCGUGGAGGUGUACCAUGAGCGGCGCUGGGGCACCGUGUGUGACGAUGGCUGGGACAAGAAGGACGGGGACGUGGUGUGCCGCAUGCUGGGUUUCCCCGGCGCCGAGGACGUGCACCGCACCGCUCAGUUCGGACAAGGCACAGGGAGAAUUUGGAUGGAUGAUGUCGCCUGCAAGGGUACCGAGGAAAGCAUCUUCCGCUGCAGCUUCUCCAAGUGGGGGGUGACAAACUGCGGGCACGCUGAGGAUGCUGGUGUGACGUGCAAGAGACACUAACAGUGGGCACAGCCCGAGGUCCGGGUCCAGCUGCCCAGCCUCCUUCCUGCAUCCCUGGGGUGGGGGCAAUGCUCGGGGCUCCCCUGACCGUGCCUCUGCCCUCCAUGCCCAGCCCAGCACCCCCAGACCCCUGUAAUUUCCCAUCCCAGGACCACUGUGACCUGUCGCCCUCCUCCUCUUGGACAUCUAUUCCAAAGCACAACUCUGGGAUCCACUGCCUGUCUCUCCCUUCCACCACGGUUCCUGUGUGGAGCCCUGGUUGACUGGAUUGCCUUUUUCCAGAGUCUUCUAAACACCAUGCCAUCAGGGCUACCUGUCCAUGUUCUCUGUGGUCUGUGAGUUACAGAUGGAUCCUGGUAACCAAUGCAGCAAUGAAGAUGGGCAGGAGGCAUCCCAGGUCGUUUACUCUGCAGAUCAUUCCCAAACCUCAGGCCAAGAGUUUUGACCAGCAAGAGACGAUACUGAGUGAUUCACCUUCCCCUCUUUACUCUGCCUCUGCACAGCGUUUGUUAGUUCAGGAAAGUGACAUAGAGGAGGGGCGGCUCUAGGAGUGAGAGGGAGAUGCCAGCCUCCUGCAGGAACCAGUCUGGAUGCCGAGAAGGCAAGUGAAAGGAACAUUUAUUGAGUGACUGCCGUGUGUGCUACGUAGUAUCUUGGGCGCUCAAUUCACAUAUCACUUUGCAGCACUCCUACAAGUCAUGCUGGCUUGGGUACCACUUGACCUCCAGGUACCGCUCAAGUGACCCAUUCACCUAGCCUAUCAGCCAGAUGGAGAGUGAGACCAUUGUUUUGACCUGAACUCUCAUGUGUCUUUGCUUAGACUCAAGCCAGAAGCUGGGGUGCAGCACAGGUGUGACUGAAGGAUUAAAUACUCCAAAUCCCAUAGGGUGUAAGUUCAAGGUUGGAUGUGACUGGCUUCCAAGCAGCCAUCCACACAGGAGGAUGGGUUUGGGGGGUGACACAGGAGCUAUCUGGGUUAAACCAAGGCCAACCCUCAGUCAUCUGGCAAUGAGGGCUAAAGCCACAUUGUCUGUGUCUCAGAGCUGUCUGGAGGUGAUGGUACAGAACCUUCCAGGGCACUUUGGGUGUCAUCCUGUGGUCAAGAGAACACAUGUCCUGAUGGAGCCUAUAAGACUGGAAGGAAAUGAGGAUUCCCUACUACAUCUAGGGGAAGAAGAGGCUGCGGGCCUCUGGAAGCCCUCAGUCUGCACCCCUUUGCUAAUGAUGGGGAGAUCAGAGUCUGCUUUUGACACGAGGAGGAGGUCAUGCUGGGCAUUUCUGUGUUCUAGGCCUGGGGAGCUUCAUGUAAGCAAGUGAGCAUAGGCCCACCGACUCAGACACGCCUCAGAUACACAAUCACCUUUCCUACCUGGUGAGCAUCGCCUGCCUGGGGAAAGCGAUAACUGGGACCCUCUGGGGAUAAGGCCAGCAAAGCUCCUGGCUGACAACGAAACCAAUACAUGCUAUUGGUUGUUCUUUGCUUAUAAUAUGCUUAUUAUCUGCUAUGUUUACAUAACAUGCAUGUACUCAUGCAUCUUUUCCCAGAGCCAAUAUAUGUAUGCAUAUAUGAACAUGGCACUCUUUACUACAUAGCUCAGUACAUCGCAAAGUUUGCAUUAAAAAAAAAAAAGAAAAUACUCAAUGUGGAAGAAUGUCACAUUGAGUGAAAUAAAUCCGCAAGUGUGUUCUGACAAAGAAUCCAGUUAUCCCACCAAUGAAGACGCAUGUAACUUUCUUACUUGGUCUUUUCAUUUGGGAAAACAUAAGUUUUGCUUUACAUCAGUGAAAAACCAUAGUGAUGUGUGUUUGAACUUUAAAAGCAAAGUCUACUAGUUUACAUUCCUACUUAAAAGGACGUGGAAAUAGCCAUGAUCCUGUAUUUCAGGGACUAGAGGAAAUUAGGCCAGGCCUAAAAUACAUCAGACCUUUUGUAAGAAUUUCAAUAAAGCUGAAAACAUGUUGCUAA